GAUGUAUUUUCAUGUAACACCCAUUAACAGUAGCUUGAUUCCGUCCAGUAGCUCAGUGGUGGGUAGUGAAGUUUCAAGUAAAUGAAGCGACUCGGUUCAACUUUUACCUUUUAAAAAUUCAUCCCGAAAACAUAUUGGGGUAUGAGUCAUGACAUGUGGAGUUUUUUUAAUCAGGUUUAAUUAGCUAAUGUGUGUGUGUGAUUUGGCUAAACAGAAAAAGUAAAAAGGUUAUCAACGUGCGUCUGUCAAACCAGUCCUUCCAGUGAGUCUUCAGUCCUUCCAGUGAGACGGACGGGAAGGAAACAUGACGAGUUUAGCGAGUAAAGCUUUUUGCAGGGUUGAGAGGCUCUGUCACCACCUCCCCGUACUCCUCAACACCUUCUUGGUCUUCUCUAUCACCGGGGAGGUGAGCUACCUGGUCCUGGUCGAGGCUCCGCUGGAGGCAGACCAGAAGAAGACGGAGUGGUCCGCCUGGUGGAAAGCCGUCCACCUGCUGGCCCAGUACUUCAUGCUGGUUAACAUCUGCUGGAACGCCACGCUGUUCCUCAGGACCAGUCCCAGUAUCAAAGGGGUGUUCCUGGGAGGAGAAGGCAUGGGACAGGGGUGGAGGUACUGUUACACGUGUGAGACCCACACUCCCCCUCGCUGCUCCCACUGCUAUGACUGCAAUGUUUGCGUGCUGCGGCGAGAUCACCACUGCGUCUUUUUUGGCCGCUGUGUGGGCUUCCGUAACUACCGCUACUUUCUGAGCUGCUUGUUAUUUAUGUGGUCUGGGCUCCUGUAUGCCACCUUGAUGAACGCAGAGGUCUUCAUUGUCAUAUUGAAGGAGGGUGUGACUAUACACAGCGUCCUACUGCUGCUCAUACCCUGGAUCAUGCUAGUUUCAGGCCAGGUCUCUGCACAAGCCUUUGCCUUCGCCUUCAUCGCUGACACCUGUGUGGUGGGCUUCCUACUGGUGUCUGCCUUUUUCUUCUUCCAUCUCUUCCUAAUGUUUCGGGGACAGACCACCAGGGAGUGGUAUUCAAAUCGUAGACCCUACAGCCUGGGACUCCCUGGAAACCUGAGCCACUGCCUGGGCAUCCGCUGGUACAUCUGCUGGCUCUCCCCACUCAUCCAAUCACCUCUCCCGGGAGAUGGGAUAAACUUCCAGGUCACUGGAUCCCUGGACCCCACCCGGUAACAGCUGACGGCCUGGUCAUGUACAGGCCAUGUAACUUUACAUUGGUGAUGGUUCAUGUUUUGGGAGCAGCAUCAGGGGAGAUCACCUCAGUUCCAAAAGAGGUAGCUUGAGAUGUAAGAAUGGUGUGUGGUUAUAUAAGAUGUUUACAGGUACAACUUACCUGUGCUCAGACAUAUACAUUGUGGGUGUACUGUGAUUGAGGUUGACCUCAAGUGUUCUUCUGGAAUACUUGCAAACAGCACUGAAAUGAGAAUGUAUUUUAUUGAUUAUAAAAAGGUUUAUGAUUUUAAAUCCUUUUCACCAAGCAACAAAUACUUUCUCUGACUUAAGGGUUAUUUAUUCUUCUGGAAUUGGUGACACUGACUACUUAAUUGAGCUUUUCAAUUUGAAGAUAAUAGUUGCAUUGUUCCUGAAUAUAUAUCUAAAAUACACCGUCAUUAGCCUCGUAUCUACAGUUGUGCCUAAACUACAAGUGUCAUUAUGUGCUUGUGCUAUCAGUGUUCUUGAAGGGGUUCAAAGUGAUGUCUUAAAAACUACAGGAGAUCAGAAAAUACACUGUAGAAAUUGAGUUUCGACUUCUAGAGUUGCAGUUUACAGCAGUGGCUCUCAACUGGUGGGUCAGGACCCAAAAGUGGGUCGCGAAGCCAUUUUCGGUGGGUCACGAAUGUGCAGCUGGGAUAAAAAUGGUGUCAAAAAGUCCACAAAGUGCUGUUUGAUUUGUUCAAUUUCUUGUCUCCAUCCCCUGUUUUGUUAAGUCUGCUGCACAAUUUUUCAUUAAAUAAAUCUGAUUGGUUGUAAGGUAUCAGAAAUUUGGGUCGUGAUCUCUCGUGGAGGAGCCGUGGGUGGGUCCUGAGGCUAGACGAGUUGAGAACCACUGGUUUACAGGAUACACAGUUUUGAAGCUACCCAAAGACUUCACUUUAAGAGUCUUUCCUCGUAGUUCAUGUUAUGUUGUCUAUCUUUCACUCAGCAAGGGACUUCUACUUACCAAAUCAACCUGGCCUACAACAUAAUGUGCUCUGACUCAACCACUGUUAAUACUGUAUUAAAAAAAACCUCUUUGGCAGUGAGAAUACAGAAAAUGUACUGUUUUAUACAAUUCUUAAGAAAUUGUUCUUAUUUUUGUUUUCUUAGCAGUUUCUUAAGCUGUUUAGCCAACCUGUGUCACAAAUACAUAUUGUGUCAAUUGUCUGAUACACACUGCAUACUCAAAGUCUGCUAUAUAAGUAUGGAUUUUGGACACAGCUAAUGUACUCUGCAACACUGUAAAUAACAGAAGUCCUUCAGUUACCUCAUAUCAGAGUCCUUUUUCUCUCUCGUCUGCUGUUGCUUUAGUAAGUUUGAUCUCUUGCCUUAAAAUGUGGUGAAUAUAUUUACACGCAUGACAAUUUUUUUUGCACAAUAUAUAUUUCUGUUUAAUUUCGUUUGUUCUUUGACAUAUGAAUCACCCCAUUUGUUGUUUGGUUUUGCUAUCUGAAAAUUGUUCGAUGAAUUGUGCUAAGGGAGCAUUUUGAUAAUGAAAUGCAGUAAUUAAAAAAUGUUUGAUUGAUGAUGAUUUUUAUUUUCA